CGGAUUCCGAAAUUUCCGAACCUCCGGACCUCCGGUGGCUCCGGUUUGUAACGUGGAAAUUGGCGGGAAGGCGAGUUUGCCUUUCAGAAAAUGUCUGCUGCGUGUAACGCACUAUCAGGUUUCCUACGUGCGCCAUAAAUAUUUCGCUGACAUGGGUAUUUUAGGCUUAUCGAAGUUAAUAGCGGAUAUAGCUCCGGAAGCUAUCAAAGAACGAGAGCUAAAGCAUUAUUUCGGUCGCAAAAUAGCUGUCGAUGCAUCCAUGUGUUUAUAUCAGUUUCUCAUAGCUGUUCGCAGCGAGGGAGCCCAGCUCACUACUGUGGAUGGCGAAACGACCAGUCAUUUAAUGGGUACAUUUUAUCGUACCAUUCGCUUGGUAGAGCAAGGUAUAAAGCCUGUGUAUGUAUUUGAUGGAAAACCGCCAAAUCUAAAAAGUGGAGAAUUAGCCAAGAGGGCUGAGAGGAGAGAUGAAGCACAGAAACUCCUGCAGGCUGCUGAAGAAGAUGGAAAUGUGGAAGCUAUAGAUAAGUUUAAUAGAAGAUUGGUUAAAGUUACGAAAACUCAUGCUGAUGAGGCUAAAGAAUUACUUCGAUUGAUGGGCAUACCUUACAUUGAUGCUCCUUGUGAGGCUGAAGCACAAUGUGCCGCUUUAGUGAAAGCUGGUAAAGUCUUUGCAACUGCCACUGAAGACAUGGAUGCACUAACUUUUGGCUCCAAUGUGCUACUUCGACGUUUAACCUUUAGUGAAGCCAGAAAGCUACCUGUACAAGAAAUUCAUUUUGAUAAAGUUCUUGCAGGUUUGGAGCUAAAUCAUGAAGAGUUUAUUGAUCUCUGUAUUAUGUUGGGUUGUGAUUAUACAAAUAGUAUUAAAGGCGUUGGUCCAAAAAGAGCAAUAGAGUUGAUAAAAAAUCAUAGGUCCCUCGAAAAGAUUGUUGAAACUAUAGAUACCAAGAAAUAUCCCAUACCAGAAGAUUGGAAUUAUAAAGAGGCGAGAUUACUAUUUCAAGAACCAGAAAUAUCGAACCCAGACGACAUCCAGUUAAAAUGGUCCGAACCAGAUGAGGAAGGUCUGGUAAAAUUUUUAUGCGGCGACAAACAAUUUAAUGAGGAGCGGGUUAGAAACGGAGCUAAGAAACUUCACAAGGCUCGAAACACGUCCACGCAGGGCCGGUUAGACUCGUUUUUCAAAGUUUUACCGACCUCUACUCCAGCUCCAAAACGAAAGGCAGAAGAGAAAAAACCAUCAGCUAAAAAGACAAAGGGAGCAGGUAACAGCAAAUUUCGAGGUAAAGCAAAGUGAAAGCAAUAUUAUAAAUUUGACAAAAAAUGUAUAGCAAUGUAAUAACGUACUUGUAUCUUGUAUCAAACAUUUCUCGACACAAUGUAUUAUACAUGUGUCACACAUAAAUUUUUAUAAAUUUUUACGCAAACUGCAGUCUCAACUAGUAAAUACAAUAUAAAUUUUUCUAUUUAUUUCGUAAAAUAUAUACAAUAUUAGUGUACAAUAUAUAUCUUUUUAUAAAUUCCAUCGUAACGAAUAUUUAACAAUGUCACGACAUUUUUUAUAAAACUCUUUAUAAGCAACAUCGUUAUAUCAUUUGGAUUCAUGUAUUAUCAUCAAUAUAUUGUCAUUGUAUAUUUUAA